ACUCGGCCGCCCCCCAGAUCUCUCGACGUCCGAAGCAGAUCUUCGCCAUGAGCGCCUCCACACCGUUUUCGUUCUUGUCAUUCCAGGAACAGGUGCACAAUGCGCUGAACGAGGCCGACGAGGCCGAAUUCGGCCUCCUCCAGGACAACGAGCAGCGGAUUUGCUACGUGGCUAAACUGCUGGACGCGAAAGGGCUGCAGCCGAACUAUCGGCAUGGCGGCGCCGAGAAAAAUAGCGAAUUGGCCCUUGAAAGACGCAACGAGGGCAACAAAGCGUUCCAAAAGGGAGAUUUUAACACUGCCCAGCAAGUUUACACGAUGAGCUUGCUUGCGGCUAACGAUCCAGAGGCUGCUUGUCUGGCUUUGGCGAACAGAUCUGCAGCCCUUUACAACAUGAAGCAAUACAAAUUUGCACUGAAAGACAUUGAUGAGCUUUACACGAUUGGUGCAUAUCCCAAACAUCUCCUACACAAAGUAGCAGAGAGGAGAGCUCGUUGUUUCUUGGCCUUGGAACAACGAGUAAGUGCUAGAAAUGCAUUUAGAAACACAAUAACCGCAUUGGACGACGCGAAACUCGACCAGGACCGAAAAACGAAACUCCGGAUGGACGUGCAAAUCAUGCUGGUGAUGCUGGAAAAAGGUGUCUUGGUUGAUGCACCUUUGCCUUUGGAGGAGACGGUCAAGCCACCCUCGCUCUCCGGCGGCGUCAACCCCAACUUCUCGUGUGCCAGCGACUCACUGCGGUUUGAAUGGGCCGGACCCACGGAGGGCCGUAUGGGCCGCUGCAGGUCGGCCAUCCGCACGGGUGAUACCGUGCUGGUCGAAACGCCGAUCGUGUCCGCCCUGCUGCACGAACGGCGCCACACGCACUGUUGGCACUGCCUGGAGCGCCUUGCAACGGCGCUGCCCUGUCCCACGUGCGUCGAGGUCGCCUUCUGCGGCACCAAGUGCAGAGACGCGGCCCUCAAGACCCAUCACAAGUGGGAAUGUGACUUUCUGCCGACGCUGCGAGAGUCCAAGGCGUCAGUCACUUGUUUACUGGCGCUCAGACUGGCAAGUCAAACCAGUAUCCAAAAACUCAGGGAGUGUGUGGAAGCGGCCGAAAAAAGGGACGUGCGGGUCAUAGGCGACGAAAAGUACGAUUCUCGCGACUUGUCCAACUUUUUCACCCUGGUGAGCCACACGGAACGACGCUCGCCGCGCGAUCUGCUCCAGCGUUCUUUGAUGGCGCACUUUUUGCUCGGCGGCCUUUCAAAGGGUGGAUACUUUGGCGAAAAAAGUGCCCUCGGCGCAGAACUCGGCGCCGAUCAGGCUCUGGUCGGUGGAGCGUUGCUGCAGGCGCUGCAAAUUACGCAGUUCAAUAGCCACGAAGUUUCAGAACUUGUUUCACGCAACAACGAUGCAGAGCCAAAAUCGUUGUUCAUCGGAGGUGCCGUGUAUCCGACCCUGGCCCUUUUGAACCACUCGUGCAACCCGAGCGUGAUGCGCUACCACGCUCCUGGCGGCGUGGUCGUCGUCCGCGCCGUGCGUCCUAUCCAGCCGGGCGAGGAUGUGUCCGAGAACUACGGCCCUCUGUGGACUCGGGAGUCCCGCGACGUCAGGAGGCAGCGAUUGCGGGACCAGUACUGGUUUGAUUGUGCUUGCGAGGCGUGCGACGCAGAGUGGCCCCUGUUUGACGAAAUCCCUGACGACGCCAUCAGGCUCCGGUGCGGGGGGUGCGGGGCGGCCGUCAAGUUUGGUGAGGAGCAAAUCGCGGCCACUUGUCUCGUUUGCGGACACAAGACCAGUGUGCUCGCCUCGUUGGCCGGCGUCGCCGACACGGAACGGAAAAUGGAGUUGGCUAAGAUGAGAGCACUAGAUUCGUCUGUUGAAGCGCUGGAUAUGUUCAUACAAAUCCUUGAAGCCUACAACAAGUUUUUGGCACCGCCACCGUGUAAGGACUUUGUUUUAUGUCAGCAGGCUGUAAGAAAAUGCCUGCUUCAGCACGGCAACUGGUUCCAGGGCUAAUACCUUUUACACUACUUUUAUAUAAGUCAAAAAUAAAAUUUGUAUCAGUGACUGACAACUAAAAACUUAUCAGCUUCUUAAACCAAUCCCACUGAAUUUAUUUGAUCACUAUUGACAGCUAAUAAAUAUUUCUCA